AUGUUACCAUUCAGGAGGAAGAUAGCUACUGCCGCCCAAAGUGCUGUCGGUAAUCCCAUUUCGGCUGGUCUCCUGCUAUCCCGUAUUCCUGUGGUCACUCCCGAACUAAAUAAAAUCGAGAGUCAGUACUACGAUUAUCAAAGUGAAUUGAAGAAGAGGCUUAUGUGGACAUUUCCUCACUAUUUCUAUUUCAGAAGAGGCACAUUAGCGGAACGUCGUUUUCUCAUGGCACAAAAGGGACCUAUAAGUAAGCAACCCGGCGUAUGGUUCCCAAAAGGAACACCAGAUGUAAAACACAACAGGGAAAGAAGCCAAAAGCAGGAAAUCGCCUUACCGAGGGAGAGUAAUGAAGGAAGUGAAGUAACACAGAAGGGCUCCGAUAUUUCAAGGCCGGUGGUCCCCAAUGCCAGAAUCACGGAAGCGGACAAAACAGGAGAUGAGACAAGUCUCGAAAGGAAACUGGAUAGAACAUUGUACCUAAUGGUGAAAGCGCAGGAUGGCUCGUGGAAUUUUCCCUCCUUUCCAGCGUACGAUAAACCUCUACAUAUUAGUGCGGAGGAAGGACUGAGGUCUUUGGGCGGUGGAAGUAUCAAGACAUGGACAGUUUCAAAUACUCCAGCUGCAGCAUUAGAAAUUGAAAAUGGUGGUCAUCAAUUUAUCAUUAAAUCGCAUAUCUUAGCUGGUGAAUUCAAGUUGCAAAAUAAACAAGAUUUCGUGGAGUACGCUUGGCUAACAAAAGAAGAAAUACAAGAUCGUGUAGAAGCCACUUACUUCAAGAGCACGGGGUUUUUAUUGGCGGACAACUAA